GCUAAGAGACUUAAAACAGACUUUUCACCAUCCUGGAAAGGAACUGGCUGCCAGUAUUUGGAGGUUUUUUAAUGCUCUACCUCCCUCUGCUGUUAUCAGCAAGAAGUUCCCCGACAAUGGGAAAUCAUGUACUUGCAGCUUCGAUUUCCAUGCUUUCGCUCCUGGCAAUGAUGGGAGACGCGGACAGUAAAACAGACGGUUCUUUCAUGAUCGACUCCGAUCCCAGCCGCUGUAUGAGGCAUCACUACGUCGACUCCAUCAGCCACCCCUUGUACAAGUGUAGCUCGAAGGCAAAAGAGGAUAAACACAACAGGUCCCAGCCCCUGGGGCGAUUCAGUACCGUCCUGAAGCAGCCUUUCCGCUCCACCUGCCACUGCUGCCGGCCCCAGACCUCCAAGCUGAAGGCCAUGCGGUUGCGAUGCUCGGGGGGCAUGCGGCUCACUGCCACAUACCGCUACAUCCUCUCCUGCCACUGCGAGGAGUGCAACUCCUAGGGACCCACCCGCCACAGCAGCGGGGGGACCGGGGUGCUGCUGUCGGCCGGGGAAGGCUCCCAGGAAGAAACCCGAGGUGAGGCCGACGCUCCCAGCGUAUGAUUGCAGCGAGGACAGGACUAACCAGGCUGGAUCGGAUCUGAGAGCUAAAGCAUAAAAUAUGCCGGGACCCUGGAUGGUGCCGGUACCGAAGUGUGGGUUGUGACAAAGGAAAAGCACGAGGACUUGUUUUUAAGAAGCCUUUCUUUUUUUCUGAAAGGAUA